GCAAAAGUUGGGGGGUCGUCUUAUACGCCCGGUCGCCUAAUGCGCCGGAACAUACGGUAUGUCCUGGUUUGUGCCCCUUGUCAGUAACUGCCUGAACCAUCCUCAUCUGCUCUAAUCCAGGUUUAUGGUGCUGAAGGGGAGCCAGGGGGUUGCUGUGGGUCUCCUAAUAACUAAAUAAUAUCGUAGUAAUCUUGUACUCACAACAUAUUAGUAGUGUCAGAAAACAAGAGCCAGUAUUUUCAGAUGAUGGUGGGCAUCCUUGCACUGCUGUUGUUCCUAUUAUGCCUACUCCUAAUUUAUCACGGAAGAACACUAAGGGGACGCAGCCUCCUGUGACGCAGCGUGAGGCCCCGCCUCCUCCGUACUGGCACAGCACAUGUUCGUUGGCCACCUCACCGCGGAAAGUCCUUCCGAGCUUGGCGCUCGCCCACCUGCUGCUGCUGCUGCCGUUGUGGGAGCUGGAUCCGGCCUCCACCGUGGCCACGUGGGGCUUCGCUUGGCUCGCGGGCGCCAUGAAGAGCCUGCCGUAGCGAGGUGGUGCGCGGCUUCGGCCGGGGCUACAAGGAGCUGGGCAUCCCCACAGGUGAGGGCAGUGGAGGCUGAGGCGGCCGCUCAUGGCCUUUUGCCGGAGGGAGGGAGAGGGCUGGGCCAGGCCUCCCUCCCUCCAAGUGGUGGGUUUCGGUUUUGUUCCACCCGCCAGAAGCCUCACCUUGGGCUGCUGCUGCUGCGACAGCAGGGGUGCGCGCUCUGCCCCUGGUGGCGCUUGGCGGGCAGCCAAACUCUAUAAUUUAACUGCAAAAUUUGGGGGGUCGUCUUAUACGCCCAGUCGCCUAAUACGCCGGAACAUACGGUAUGUCCUGGUUUGUGCCCCUUGUCAGUAACUGGUGCUGAAGGGGAGCCAGGGGGUUGCCAUCUCCUAAUAACUAAAUAUAUCGUAAUAAUCUUGUACUCAUAACAUAUUAGUAAUGUCAGAAAACAAGAACCAGUAUUUUCAGAUGAUGGUGGGCAUCCUUUUCUUUCUCCCAAGGUUAACCAGACGAGAAAAAGGAAAGCAUGUAAUUCAACUACCAACACAAAAACUUCAGAUAUGAAUUGAGUGCUCUAAAUAACUACUUCACCCUAAUAUUCUAUCAACCACACCCAAACAAAACUUACUUUCACACCUGAAGAAACUAGAAUACAUGAAAGAAGAGUAGGGGGAAAUUUAAGAGAACAAUUGCCUCAACCAUCACUUUCAAUUUUUAAACUCCCUGCUCAGUGUGCUCCUCAGCAACACUUAUAUACAAAUGCUAUACAAGUGGAAGUAAAACCUGAAAUUUAAUUAUUCAAAACACUUGACUGCAGAAGAGCAGCUUGUCAUUCCUAGAGUCAAAUGCCGCUAUCUGGCUGAAAGUCACAAUGCUAAAAUCAGAACUUCACUUGAUACUGAAAGAACAACUCCUGCCUCAUAAGCUCACUGUUCCUCUUGCAUUUCCUUCCCUGCCACUUUCUUAGAUAAAAGUGCCAGGCAUUGAAUCAAAAUAUAUUAAAUCACAGGGACAACAGAUCUGACUAUUCCAUAUUUGCAUGUGGCAUAAGUGGAGUGUGACAUGUUUGUUAUGAGUACAGGAUUAUAAUGAUAUAUUUAGUUGUUUUUAAAGAGGAAAACCACGCACUCACCCUUUUCAAGGAUUCUCCAUGAUGCUCAAAGCAUCUUGUUUUAUUUAGGCCAAGCCAGAUACAGUGGUUAAGAUGUGGUGUGUCUCCCAAUGCUUUCUAUUUUCACUUUAAUGUAACUAUGGUAUGGGGUGUGUCCCCAGAUUUAGAGAAGCGACAGGAAAAGGGUGUUUUAACUCUUUCCCCACUGAUCAUUUGCCUGCUAAAUACUUUUAGCUGCUUAGAUACUUUGCUCACGUAUCUUUUUCCCCCUCAGAGAGAAAAGCAGAUGGGGAGAGAUAUUAUGAUUGGGAAAAUGGCCUGUGGGAAAAUAGUUAAGUACUGCCCUCCCCACAGUAGCUCUAUCAUAUUCUGAGCCCCCUGCAGCAGCAGUACAGUAAAAACAAAACCCAUUAGGAGACAUUCUUUAUGUCACAUCUAGCUCACCCUGUACAAUCCUGCUCCUGUCAGGACUGGCUUGUAUUAACCAGACACUCGUAUAUAUAGUACUAUCUACAUCUCUUUCGUUAUCCACAUAGCACCCAUUUUUCUGUGGAACUAUUUACAUUAGACAAUUUAUACUUGUGAAGACCCACUUCAUGUACUUUCAGAUUUGUGCAUAUAAAAUAGGCACAUAGAUGUACAUUAUUGUGUACAUGAACAUCUAUCUAUGGAAACCUGAUUUAUGCUGUAAAAUUACAUCGAGGUAUUUGCAGUAUAUAAAGCCAUAUUUGAUGAAUUGUGCAAAAACAACAAAGUCUUGUGGUGCCUUAAAGGUGCCACCAAUUAUAUUCAAACUUUGUUCUGACUUUUCUGAGCCAUUUUCUCCAGUGUGAUGAAUGCCCAAUGUUUAUCCUUUGCAUUUGUGAAAGACCACAAGGGGUGUGCGUGUGCAAGAAGUGACACACGAUACCUGCAGGUGCACACAAUGAAAUGAAGUGUUUAAUUCGUUAACGGAGUGAUGCUCCGCAAGUCAGGUUGUUUUUCCUGCAACAGCAUUGCUUAAAUCCAGUCACUGCUCCCCCCUCCCCCUCCCCGGUGAAAUGUUGUAGACAUGUAGACAUUGCUUUCACAGCUGAAGCCCAUGAGUCUGUAAAAUAGCCCUUCUUUUCUCCUCAGUUCUCAGUUUCUCCAGAGAGGGCGGGAAUUGCCUGGCUACUGUAAAAAGACAAGAAGGAGAAAAGAGGACUGCAGAAACCAUUUGUUUUAAUAAAAAGAACUCAAAGGAUGAAACUGUAGAUGGGAGGGGAAGACAAAGAGAGGUCAUGGAUUCACUAAUGAUAGCACAUGACAUGGGACCAUUGACUGGGUGUCUUGAGGCAAGGCUCUCAAGGCAAGUACUGCAUGAGAGCUACUGGAGGGAAACAACAGGUGAAAUGUUGUAGACAUUGCUUAAUGCCACCAGCAUUGAUUUCUGGAAGACUUCUACUCUGAAAGUGGUGUGGAGAUACCCCUGUUGAGACUAUGUCUUCCAUGGAGAAGUAGUUGUGGCAAUCACACAGGGUCCCCGGACGUUUCACCAUCUAUUGAUCCUUGUGCCACCACUUUAUUUCUCACUGCCACCCCCCAGGCCCUACCUGGUACAAUACUGAGUCCAGUCAGGGUUAAAUUGGAACAUAAACUUCUGUUUAUUUAUUGCAGUUUAACAAGCGUGUGGUUUCAUAAACGGUCUCAGUCAAUUACAAUCAUGGGGUGCCUAUCCAAACCUAUAACAUCCGCUACCUGCUCUCACUCACUAAACCACCUCUCAGAUAUUUACUUGUCUUCCUAGCUCCUAACUGUUCCUGACUCAGCUUAUUUCACUACACUAACUCCACCUACCCCCAGACUCUAUCCCAGUUCACUCCCACUCCAACCAACCUCCCAACGAACUCUCCUCUUCACUCCUCCCAGAGCUGGUUUUAUACUCCCUCUGCCUCCACCCCCCUGGGUUCUGAUUGGGUAACCUGUUUAACUAUUUCACCUCCAGCACUCUCAUAUGUUAACAUCACAGUAGUCCAGGUGGAGCAGUGAAAUACUAUGAUCCUUCCCCCCAGAAAGGACGGGUGGCUGUAGGUAGAACCCAGAGGAAUUAGCAGAUGAGGGAGCUUCAUUAAUGUGAACAUGUUUAACAUUCAUACAAUUCACCUCUACCAAACUGAACUUUUGGAUUUCAUUCCCUUUUCUGAAGAGCUUGACAGCAUAAAUCAGAAGCAAGCACAAAGUUUGUCAGGUCUGAAGCUCCUAUGAUGGUAUGCGUCAAAUCAGUUAUCAGUUAUUUAGAUUGUGUAUUGUGUCUUUUGGUUAUGUGUAUGUAAAAGAUUCUAUUCGAAUUUUUAAAUGUUCAUAAGUAUGCAUUGAUUUUUUUUUUGUAAGGCAAAAAUACUUCUGUUAAUUUAUAAACUAUAAUUGAUGUGAAAUAAUGUGCAGAUAUUUAGGAUCUAAGGGAUCACAGAUUGUAGUAACAGAUCUUGAAAAUACUCCAGACAAAGAAAUAUUUUUUCCUUUGAUGAAAAGCGUAUCUGUCUCAGAUGCUGGCACAUGUUAACAGAAAAGGUGUUGGGAAAUACGGUUUGGAAAGGCAGACCAUUGUCUUCCAGAAGCACAAACGUAUUUCACUGUAUGCUUCCUGAAUAUGUUGUGGAGGGUGCUUGGGAGCUUGGGAGUACAAAUCAUUAUAAAGAUUAACCAUUUGUUAAGCACUAUUCAAAAGAAGAAGAGUUGUAGUUUAAAAAUUAAUUACUGCACACAAUUGUUUGUGCCAAAAUAUAUUUAUAGUACAAACCUUAUAAUCACUGUACAAUUCAUCAUAAAGUAGUAUCAACCAAAACAAUCUUGGACUACUGAAGCAAAAGGGCACGUGACCUCAUUCCCACACCCCUUCUGGUGAAAGAAAGAAAAAUGGCAGAGGUUUGAUGAUGAAAUUUGGCAAAUGUAAUUGUAAUUGUUUUCUUCACAAAAAGCAAAACAAAAGCAAAUGAUCACAUUUUUGGUCCUUUACAUGAGCACUCUCAAAGAGUUACAGCUAAAAUGAAUAAACAUGGAUUUACAAAACAGUAGUUAUAAAUCCCACGAGCAAAAUCUGUGCUUGACAUUUAUUAUGUCCACAUUUAAUUUUCCUAAUCACUUUUAAUAGGUUAAAGCAAACAUGCCCUCCAAAUGGAGGUCAGUGUGGGCCACAGACCUCAUUGCUACAUCAUGCUGUUCAGUAUCGGUUUUAAGGGAUUUAAGGGAAUAUUAAUUUUAGAUAAUAUAAGGAAUCCAGUCUUUUAAAGUCCUUCCCCCAUUUUAUGGUAAGUUUAUUCUUCCGUGAUGCAAUCUUCAGUGGAAAUCUAUGCCUUUAGUUAAAGAGAUGAAGAAGCAGAAGAGACAAGUUAAACAGAAUUUUAAUUAUCCAGCAAUGCCAUUACUUGUAUGAUGAUGAUGAUGAUUUCAGUUUAUACACUGCCCUAUACCCGGAGGUCUCAGGGCAGUUCACAAACAAGAGCACAACAUACAAAAUCAAACCGAAAGCAGUAACCCAACCCCCCCCAAAGACACAAUAUACAAUCUAAAUAAUCUAGGGUGAAACUCAACACAUUUAUAUUGGUGAAAGUGACACAAUGUAUUUCUCACAAUGGAAAAAAUUAGCCUUUUAUGUAGUUAUUCUCAUAAAUGAGCUUGAAAUAUUUUUUCCUUAGCGGUAUUCAUUAAUCCUUUUUGCAUUUCAUAGCUAUUCUUAUUUAUUUUUUCCAUUUUGUUUUUACACCAAGGAGGCUGCAGUCAAAUAAUACUCAGCAACUGAUUUCCUCUCUUUGGACUGAAAAAUUAAACAGAUACUAAAUUAUGACAGUGAAUUUAGAAAGGAGGGCUCCAAGGGCUUGAAAGAACAUGUCUGAGAUAAUAUGAUGCUUCUAAGAAUAUUGCAAUCACAUCCAAGCAAUCACCGAAGCGUGCCAUGUAACUACCUCCUCAGCUAAUAUGCUUUUUUCUCCGUGAUGACUAAUCAUGUUCUAUUAAACAGCAGUAAUGCUGGAAGAACUCAACUAUACAAGUGUAAUGAAGCCAGUAUUCUCCCUGGACAGAUUAGCUACAACUGAUUUGACACAUACCAUCAUAGGAGCUUCAGACCUGACAAACUCUGUGCUUGCUUCUGAUUUAUGCCGUCAAGCUCUUCAGAAAAGGGAAUGAAAUCCAAAUGUUCAGUUUGGUAGAGGUGAAUUGUACUGAUGUGCUUAACUGUCAGUUAAGGAAAGUUGCAAUUUCUUCUCAUCUUCCCCCUCUUGUAUAUUACUGCAUGUUCCUUCUGAAUUUGAAAAUAUGUGGGUUAAUAUAUAUAGUAUUUGUAUAUCUGUGAGUUCAGUGCAUCUUGUUCUGCUUAUCCCCUGCGAGCAGAGGAUCCCGGCAUUGGUUCAAAAUGUGACUAUUCUCUAUAGCAAACAUACUUGCCGUCCUGUGCAAAUGCUAGCAAAAGAGAAAUCACUGGAGUUCACAUUGGCCUGAGAUCACCUACCGCUGUUUGGCUUACACCAAAGCUCAAAAAAUCCUUUUUACGCCUUACAGUUUUUAUACUAUUAUGAACAAACUGCACAUGUAAAUAUACGGAGUGUUAACAUCUUAAUGUGUAUACUCCUAGGGGAAGGGAAAAGAAGAAGUGGUUAUGGAUAGCAUUAAAAUACAUAUGCUAAUAAACAUAUUAGAUCAAAGGUUCCCUAGACCAUGAAACUGAUGCAAAAAUAUAAAUAUAAGCUUCCCUUUCUUUCCAAAAGGAGGCUAAGAUGGGGAUGGAGACUUGAGGGUUCCUAACAGAGAUGCUUAGGAGAUAUGCAUUCAGAGAACUUCAAAUUGCCACACAAUCUCUUAAAGAGCUGACACUGCCAGUAGGUCAAGGAAAGUUGUGUUAGUCCAAACACAAUUAUGCCUAUGCUUUAGCUACAUGAAAGGUUAACACUCUGGGCUUGUAGAAUCUGUCACAUUUUCUAUGAUACUUCUUCUUCUUAAAGGUAUCACUUCAAAUAUUCUCCCUUAAAACAAACAAACAAGUAUAAUUUCACAAUGAAAAUACAUAUGCAUGGUGGAAUGCAGUGAGCUGCUAUGCUGAUCUUUCACUUAAACAGGUCUUUAAAAAUAGUUUAAUGGGGGGGAUAAAUGAAAGUGCAUUGCUGUUCAAGUGGUUAGCAUUUAAAAAUAUAUUGUCUGGGAUCUGAUUUUCAAAAUGUGUUAAAAAAACUACCACGGGGACGGGGCAUCCAAUUGUUCAUGAGAACUACUGACAUUCAGGACAAUUGGAUAUGAGCUGUAAUAUCACAUGACACACCAGCCCCUUCAUUGUGGUAAUGCCCAAGCGUACCCCAAAUGAAGUCAACAGAAAGUACUUAGUUUUUGUACCACUAAAUUGUAUUUUGUCAAGCCUUAUUUUAGUAAACUGUCAGGAAGAAAGCUUAGGAAAUUGUCCCUUGCCCAACCAAGGAGGGUGUCACAGCGCCUCCCCUAAAAGACCAGAGAGUCUGCAACCCCAGGUUCUGAUGAACAUGGCAGUGAUGAAGGGAAGGCAUCAGCCGAUUGCUAGUGGCAAAUAAGUAGUGUUAUGGAAGCCACAUUAAAACUAGUAUCUGCCUGAACAUCUUCAAAGCCACAAAUGUGGACUCAUGCUGCGAAAUUCCCAUGGCUCUUUUAUUUCUUUUAAAUACUCACAGAGCUGAAUACAUGAAAACAGAAAACCAAUGGAAUAAGGCGGCCAACUCAAGCAUUGUUGCACAAAGACUGUAGUUUGUGCCUGUGAGGCUUCUCUCGGCUCAAGUUACCAGACAACGUUACAAAAGUAUUUCUUCUGGUCUUCUCAGCACAAAUUCAGUUCUGUGCUUUAUUUUCUCCAGUUAUUUUCCCCUUCAAUGGAAAAUACAGUAACAAAGAAAUAAAAUAUCACAGGAGUGUUAAAUGCAGAUAAAUGUAUAUUUUCUUGUUGCAUGUAAAGGAUUUUUCACUGGUAUCUCUCUCAGGCAGUUUCAACAUUCAUUCCUUCUCUACAAGAUACCCUUUUUCCUACUCGUGCCUCGCAAUUCAAAACCACAGAACCCACAAAGGAGACAAAAGCUAAAAACAAUUCAGUGCUACCAAAACAUUGAACCUGUAAUUGUUAUCUAAUAUCCUUCCCAGAAGUCAGCCAUUCCACGAGAUCCAUUCUGGAGGACAAGAAGCUAUGUUCGGACCCUGAUUCUUGCAUACUUUGCUUCUGGCUCCCAGGCACCCUCCACAACAUUUUCAGGAAGCAUACAGUGAAAGACCUUUGUGAGUUGAGGACUCUAACCCGCUUAGUGGAGAAAUAAUGGACACAGACACAAGUAUUUUAGGUUAAUGGGCUGAAAAAGGCCACAACUUUUAUUGGUUACAGCAUAUGAACGGUAUUGGCUUAGGCAUUGGAUCAAACAACCUAUAUCCAACCCCACCCACGCAGCGGGGGUCAUUUGAAGGUUAACAACCAGUGGGAGGAGCUUGUUGCUGCAAAUACAACUGGAAGCUUCCCCUGAUGUCACCGGGGCUCGUGCCAUGGCCCUAGCCACCAGCAGGGCAUCGGACAGGAUCCACGACCACCGGAUUCCUAUAAUGGAAUACCCAAAAUGGGGCAGGGCCACACCCUGCCCCCCAACACAUAUUCCAAUGCCUAACCACCAAAACCGGAAAAGUUGUGACGAAUUGCUACGAGGGAGGUGGAAAACCAAGAGGCUGGUGCCAAUCUAGCCAAAUGGACAAAAACUCCUACCAGGCCCCCUGGGCAACCAGGGCGACCAACCAAGGUCCAUAGCAAGGUCAAGAGCACAAACCUAGCCUAAAGGGCGGGCAGGUGAUCCGACGUCUUCCAGCAAGCAGAAUGAGGCUGGGAGGCUGCCGCGGCCGCUUGAAUGCAGGUAAACCCCGCCCCCAGGCCAACCCUAUUGGCUGGCCUGCUGCAGGGCGGGGUGGCAGCCGGGGAGAUGAUGCAGGGGGCCAAACAUGCUCCCCUGCUGACACGGGAACGGUUCCCGCUCACAACACCUCCCAUCGGGGAAGAGGAGGGGCUUUGUGCUUCUGGAAGCAGCUGUGAAAGCAAUGUCUACAACAUUUUACCGGGGGGGAGAGCAAUGACUGGAUUCCUGUUGCAGGAAAAGCAACCUGACUUGCGGAGUAUCACUCCGUCUUCACAAGUAUAAAUUGUCUAAUGUAAAUAGUUCCACAGAAAUAUGGGUGCUGCGUGGAUAAAGAAAGAGAUGUAGAUAGUACUAUAUAUACGAGUGGUUAAUACACGCCAGUCCUGCAUAGGAGCAGGAUUGUACAGGCUGGGCUAGAUGUGACUUAAAGAAUGUCUCCUAAUGGGUUUUGUUUUUACUGUAAUGCUGCUGCAGGGGGCUCCGAAUAUGUGCUGUGUCUUAAGAGUUAUAGGGAGGGGGGAGGGUUGCCAAGCCCCUUUUCAGAAAUACAUGUCCUGGUUUGUGCACCUUGUUGGUAACUGCCUGAACCAUCCUUAUCUGCUCUAAUCCAGGUUUACGGUGCUGAAGGGGAGCCAGGGGGUUUGCCGUCUCCUGUUCCAAAUCUCCAGCCUCUGUCCUGCCCUCUGGGGAUUAUUGGGCUACUGUUUUUGGGAUGUUCCUCGUCUCCUUAAAAAUAUAUAUAUCCUUCACUGAUACGAUGUAGCUGAUUUUUCACCUUUGUUGUUUCUAAGCUGUUUUAUUAUUGUAAGAGAGGUAGAAUAAGAAAUAUUGAAUGAACGGGUGAUUUUAUAAAGCAUUCAGAUUUCUUGCCAGAGCUUCGUCUUUUGUUAUGUUUUCUUCAAAUUCACAAAAGGUGUGAACAUGCUUUCCUGACAUUGACAUAAUGCUUAUUGGCUUCUCUGGAACUUAAAGCACAUGUUUACAUGCUUUUGAGAUUCAAGACUUUGCUCUAGCAUCAGACCCACAAUAUAGCUCUUGGACCUCAGUGUCCAGGCUGAACAAUGGGGGUGGGGAGCAUGGUUGCAGGAUUUUUUCUAUAGAAGAUACAUUGUUCCAAAAUUUGUGGUGGUGAUUUAGCUCUCAUAGUGCAUCAAAUGUUAUUUGAUCCCAUUUUCCCAAACUACCUACAUUUCCUUUUGUAGCAUCAGUUAUGUAAUUCCUACUGGCAUGGGAGGAAGGGGAGUGGGUGAAUUCACGACUUGAGGCAGCCAAUACUUAGCCAAUGGCUGGUUUUAGUUUCUUUCUUUCUGUAAAUAAUGUAUAAAUGAUGACACAGCAGUGUGGAAAUUUUAAAAAGUUGGGUUUUUAAAGAUUUUUUUAUUAUUACCUCAUUCAGCAAAUUUGUUUUACAAUGACUCCAUGAAACUUUAUUUAUAUUGUUUGUAUGAUUAUUAAACAUAUUGAUACAUUUCACUUUGCUUGUUGUUUCAUAUGAUCUUGUUCGAUUAAAUAUCAAUUUGUAUUAUGUUUCCCUCUCGCUUUCUCCAUCCCUUUUUAGUGUGUCAGCUGUACAGUAUUCUGAAUUUUAAAAAUGUUGUAAAGUAAUGCAAAGAGAGAGACUGCUACAUUGGAUAUGUCUCUUUCUAAU